CCAAUUCCCUGCUUUUUCUCUUAGUGUCCAAAGGAUAUAUCCACAGACAUGUUUGCCCGUCUUUGUAGGCGCUUUGGGAGAGUUGAUGUUGAUAGAGAAGAGUCUAGAGUGAAGCAAACGAAACCUAAAGAGGCCUGCAGACAGACGUCAUCCCCUGAAAAUGUCCUAAACAAGGUGCAGGCCAACGAGGAAGAGGAUAGACUGAAUAGAGAACUGGAGCUAACUACCAAGGAGAGAAAUGAGCUGACAGAUCGCCUCCUUUAUGUGACAGGUGGAUCCAUGAGCAAGAGCCCCUACUUCAGGCCAAAUCCAUUUUAUGAAAACUUGAAGAUAAAGGAGAAAGAGGUCAUGUCAUUACUGCAUAACUUAGACACAAAGAACAUUGAACAUCGUGAGAAAUUUCAGGAGCUCAAGAAGGAGAUUAACUUCUAUCGCAACCUGCACAGCCGGCUCCUGAUGGACCAGGCAUGUAUGAAGAAGAAGUUGGUCACAUUGAAGCAGGAGUGCAAGGAGUUACAGCGAUAUUUGUUUGAGUUGAACCCGAAUGAUGAAGACGAACAGGAGAAGACCAGCAACCUCCAGACCCAGCAAAAUGUGGUCUCAGAAACUGCAGGAGACAUGGAAUAGGACGGAUCCCAGGAAGACAGCUCCCUGAAUAGUGAGUUUCUCUGUCAGGAGUCCCCUGCUGACGACAAUCCUCAACAGUCAAAGACUUUUUGUGGGUGAAUAUUCUUCUUCUCAGUUAAUUUCCUCAAUGUUUAGACCCUAAAUUUAUGUAUCCGUAUGUCAGCCUGUCUCAUUGAGGUCUUUCUCCUCUCUCAUACCGACAACACCAUUUGAGAGACAUCUGAGGGGACUGCCUUGACAUCUCGUGUCCUAGAGGAGAAACAGGACUACAACUGUGUUUCUAAAUGUUCAUUAAGAAAAUGCUGUUAAGAAAUGUUUUUGGUUAUGAUAUUCAUUGAAGUUUUCUUUUUGUUAUUUCAUAGUUAUAUAUUCUUGUUACUGUUUUUCAUUUUUUAUACCAUUUUAGUUGUUCAUUUUAUGCCUGUUUUUUGUACAUUGUAUUUCUUAUGA